AUGGCCAAAGAAGAAGACCAAGUCGAUAUUUUUAACUUUGUUGCAAAAGGUAGAGGAGACAGAAAAAACUUUGUGCAAACCUCGGAGCAGUAUGCCUUCAUAUACAACGCGGUAUUGGAGGCCACCUUGUGUGGGAGCACGGAGAUACCAUGCAAAGACCUCAGAAUAACCCUGGAACAAUUAAAGAGAAGUAGUGCAAACGGAAUAAAAACAGGUCUACAACUUGAAUUUGAGAAUCUUGAUAAACUGUGUCCAACCCCACAUUGUGAUGAAUAUAAGUCUGCGAACGAGCCAAACAAUGUACACAAGAACCGAUAUCCUGACAUUUUGCCAC